CGCCCACCACCUGUUCGACGGAAACCCCAGCCGCGAGCCCGCGAUGACGGCACGCGGGGCGCUCCGCCGCCUCAUCCCUAGCCACCUCCAACCCGUCAGCCGCCGCGCCCCGCCGCCGCCGCCAUCGGCGGCCGACGAGGGGCCCUUCCCGGACCCCUACGCUCUCCUUGUCCACGACCCCAUCGAUCUCCUUUCCUCUCUGUGGCGCCGCGCCUUCGCUCACCCGCUCCCGGCGCCCUUCCCCAACCUCUCCGGGUACGCCUCCCGCCUCGAUCUCUGGCUCCUCUCUUACCAGCGAGCCUGCGCCCACGCCACGGGCUCCUUCCCGCCACGCCACGCCGUCCAGCUCCCCACCCUCCACUCCCUCCUCCGCCUCCGCGCCGCCGCCCUCCGCCGCCACCCCGCCUUCCCCUGGGGCGCCUCCACGCACCUCCUCAUCCGCUCCCCGGCCGACCCCCCUUCCACCGUCACCAUCUCCCGCCGCAAGCUCGAAGCCCGCCUCGCCAACGCGCCGCCCCCGUUCCAGGACCGCGUCGUCCAGGAGCUCCUCCUCCUGCUCCUCGAGCCCGUCUUCGAGCCCCGUUUCUCUCCGAAGUCCCACGCCUUCCGCCCCGGCCGCGGGCCCCACACCGCCAUCCGCUCCGUCCGCUCCCACUUCGCCGCCUACCUCUGGUUCAUCUCCGCGGACCUCACCGGGGUGGUCGACGCACUCUCGCCUUAUACCAUACUCUCCUGCGUCCAGAAGGCCGUCUCUGACCGCAAGGUCUUAUCUUUGCUGAAGUCGGCGCUCAAUGCCCCUGUCCGGCCUGGGUCUGUGCCACCACGGGAGAAGGAGCUUGAUGGCCUAGCUAAGAAGAGGCUGAAGAGGAAGGUUCUCAGGAAAAGCAGGAAGAAGAAGGUGCUCAAUGAGAACGAGCCCAAGCCUGAUCCGUAUUGGUUGAGGUUAUUCUUCGGGUUUGCCCCAGAACAGGCGUGCCAUGCACCGAAUUAUGGGCAUUGUGGGAUACUUAGCCCUUUGCUUGCCAAUGUGUGCCUUAACGAACUGGAUUGGUGGCUCGAGGAGAGAAUUCAUGAGUACUUCCGCCCGUCAAGCCAUGAUUCGAUUUGGAAGGAGGCGGGUGAUGAAGGAUGCCAUAAUCCUGCCUGGCCUGAGUUUGUCCCAUCAAGUGGGAAGGAGAAGACAAGGAAGAUGGAUUACCUUAGAUUUGGCUCCCAUGUUCUUAUUGGGAUCAGGGGACCAAGGGAGGACGCAGUUGAGAUAAGGAGACAACUGAUGGAGUUCUGCGAGAGCACGUUUGGUUUGAGGCCUGAGAAUUCGAUGGUAGAGAUUGAGCACAUCACAAGAGGGAUUGAGUUCUUGGAUCAUGUGAUCACCCGCCGGGUCAUCUACCCAACCUUAAGAUAUACCGCUAGUGGAGGGAACAUUGUGAGUGAGAAAGGUAUUGGGACAUUAUUAUCAGUAACAGCAAGCCUUCAGAGGUGCAUAAGGCAUUUCAGGAAGCUUGAACUUGUAAAGGGGGAUCGGGAUCCUGAGCCAUUGCCAUGUUCACCAAUGCUGUACUCUGGGCAGGCGCACACUAACUCUCAGAUGAACAAAUUUCUUGAGACCAUGGCUGAUUGGUACAGAUAUGCAGACAACCGGAAGAAGAUUGUAGGGUUCUGUGCAUAUGUCAUUAGGAGUUCCUUGGCAAAGCUUUAUGCGGCAAGGUAUAGACUCAAGUCUCGAGCUAAAGUUUACAAGAUUGCCUCACGUGACCUUAGCCGCCCAUUGAGAGAGAGCACAAGGAAUGAUGCACCAGAAUACUCUGAUCUCUUGAGAAUGGGACUAGUUGAUAUUAUUGAGGGUGUACAAUUUGCACGCAUGUCAUCAAUUCCAUCGUGUGACUACACACCUUUCCCUAGAAACUGGGUGCCUCACCACGAGCUUGUAUUGCGUGAGUAUAUUAAACUGCAAGAUCCAAAAUUCUUCUGUGAACUUCAUAAGACAAUCAAAAGGAAGGAGAUAAAUUCACCGCAGGAUGAUGUAUCAAGGAUGGUGUGGUAUUAUAAAGUUUAUGGUGUUUAUGAUGCUAAAAGGUCCCUACAAAAACUAAAUGAUUGGAAGAAUACUGAUGAAGCUGCCAAUAAGGAGAAUCAGAUUCUGUUGGGCAGUGUAUCAAUGGUACAUUAGGCUUAUGUUUUGUGAAGAAAGUUUUAUUGGAUAAACCGUCUUAGACAGCCUUUUUUUCAAUAGAGAAUACUCAUGGAUGGUAUAUCAACAACACAUAGCUAAAGAUAUCUAUCGUCUAGGAGAUAUUCUAUUGUGCAAGGGUAUACUUUUAAUUGUAUACAAUGAAUAAUGACCAUAUCUCACUGUAAAUUCAUCCUUUUCAAUUUUGUUUUA